AUGCCAGCGAUAGGUGUUGCCGGUCACCGUCCAGGAAACUCGACAGCGCAUAUUUUUGCUCAACAAAAAGCACCACCGACACCCACGAUCACGGCUGAGAAUGUCGCUGAUGGAUAUUCCAAUGAUAUCGGACAAAGUGACAAUCUUGGCACGGGGCCAAUUGCGGGCAUCGCAAAAGGAAAGGACUCGACAUAUCAGAUCUCUCAAGGGAUAUGGCGCCGCCAAGGGCUCAGUCUGUACCUCCGGGGCGUUCAGUGGCUCCUCACCGACCACAAGCCCCUGUCUCACACCCUCUUGGCAUGUACGCAGAUUCCACGGCAUCUACCAGGGCAACUCAAGGUCAACAACCAAACCUGGAGUGGCCUAUGUCAGACCGCACCCGAGAUAGCGGUCGGCUCGUACGGAGAAACGUGGGCAGGCCUCAGUACCACCGAGCGCAAUAUUCAUCCUCGACCCUCGGGGACCGAACCCCUUCGUCCCUGAGAAGCCACUCGCCGGUAUCGCUGAGAGAUGACACCUCGUCACCCGACAGGGACCUUUUUACCCCCUUGUCUCCCCGAGACACUGAGAGAUACCUAGUGUGGAUGCCGACCAUGUACGGCAAGAAUGUUCGGUAUAGCUGGAUGGUGACAGAUGAGAUUGGCCAGCCACCGCAGAGAGAGCCGCGAUCUCCACUCGAGGAAUGGGAGGAGCAGGUUCAGUACUCGAAUAACUUCGCUGUCGGCGACGAUUUCCCCGCCACCGUCAAGUCAUCGAUCAGGGGUUCUGAGAAGGUUUGCGGCGUCAGGUCGAUGCCAUCGGUACUCAAACCGGCUCGCGGGAGACCCAUAUUGACCAAGUCGAAUGCCGAAAGCGACAGGGCGGCCGAGGUGCCUCCGUCGUUUCGCAUGCCUUUCAAGCCAUACAUGGUCUUUUUGACUGCGAAUUCAUCCGUUGGAGCCACAGAGGUCAAGACACCGCCAAUCAGGAACGUCCAGGAUAAUCGCGCGGCAAACGAAGAACGAACAAGAGAAACAGACACCCUGCAAGAGACCGGCGAGGGCUCGCUGCGCGGAGUGCCGUGCGAAAGCAAACGGCCGGCGGCACCUGGCAAACCCAAGCUCAAGACCAGCACAUCGAUUCCAACAGCAGCCGACUUUUCCCCGUCCAAGUUUGACUAUGGGGCCUCCCCUACAAUUUUGGAGUACUACUACAAGACUGUAUUUGCGGCAGUUCAGGGCCAAGAGGAGGCGGAUCGUUCAAGCUCUGAUGUCGCGCCGAACAAAAAAGCUGCAGAAAAUGAAAAUGCGCAGAAGGAGGCCGCGUCGUAG